UCGUUGAGUUGCUACAUAGCAUAUAGGAGUAUAGUAUAGACCACCAUUAUUCCUUCCUUGGCCACAAAGCCCAAGACAUACAUUGGCAACAAGGCAGGCAGCAGCAUACAGCUCCUCUCCUCCCCAAUCUUCUCUCUCAGGUACGGUUGGUCGUGCUGCUGCUGGUCGUCGGAGAAGAUGGCGCAGCAGGGGCCACCUGCGACGUCCUUGAUAUACGCCAUGGUGGCGCGGGGGACGCUGGUGCUGGCAGAGCACACGUCCUACACGGGCAACUUCCGGGACAUCGCGGCGCAGUGCCUGCACAGGCUGCCGGCCGGGAACAACCGCUUCACCUACACCUGCGACGCCCACACCUUCAAUUUCCUCGUCAACGAUGGAUACGCAUACUGCGUUGUCGCAACUGAGUCGGCUGGGCGGCAGAUUCCUCUUGCCUUCCUAGAGAUGAUCAAGGAGGAUUUCAACAAGAGAUAUGCAGGGGGCAAAGCAGCCACAGCUACAGCCAACAGUCUCAGCCGAGAUUUCGGGCCAAGGCUUAAAGAGCAGAUGCAGUACUGUAUUGAUCACCCAGAGGAGGUGAGCAGGCUGUCCAAAGUGAAAGCUCAGGUCUCUGAAGUGAAAGGCAUCAUGAUGGAAAACAUUGACAAGGUCAUCAAUCGUGGGGAACAGAUUGAUGGGCUCGUCACAAAGACAGAGCAGCUGCACGACCAGGCUUCUGAUUUCAGGCAGCAAGGCACGCGGGUGCGGCGCAAGAUGUGGUUCCAGAACAUGAAGAUCAAGCUGAUCGUUCUCGGCAUCGUCGUUGCUCUGAUCCUCGUCAUAAUCCUGUCGAUUUGCCAUGGCAAAUGCAAGUGAAGCAGUGCUGCUGGUUGGUCUAGCAUGCAAGCAUACAUGUUCUGAUUUUCAGAGUCUGACUAUAUUCAGGUGGGGUUUGUGCCCCCCUAGAGUUCAAAAAAGAGAAAAACAAAGUUCGGUGUGACAAGAUCUCUGAAGUCUGAAUAACUCGGUUGAGAAUUUCAUUCAGCUUUAGUUUAGUUCGUUAAAAUAUUUUGGAUUCGGGUGAUCAUUGUACAGGUCAAAGUGCUAUUCUACCAUGCACUGUUAAUUCGUUGCUGUUAUUUUCUUGAUUAUACCAAA